AUGGGAAAACGAACCAAAAAACUAAAAGCCCACUCAGACGAGGGCACAAGAAGAAUAGGGGACAUAUUUCUGGCGCGGCCUAAAACCAAAAUGGUAGCGACGCCUGAAUCCGUAGGCCUAUCCUCGGAAGAGGAUCCACUGAAUUCCCCAGACGCCAUCCCCAAAGCAGAUGACCCAUUCUCGACCAUACAAGUAGGUGACCUCGGAGCCCCUGCAACUAAAGGAGACAUCCUGGGCCUCCUGAAACACCUGCAUACCUGGUUCCGCACAGAUAUAGCGCUGCUUCGUGAGGAGGUCACGGCCAUAACAGACAGAGUGAAGGCCACAGAAGAGGAUAUCUCCUCCAUAGCACAACAACAAACGGGGGCAACGGGACAAAUACGACAACUCCAAGGCUCACACCAGGCCUUUCAGGCCAGAGUGGAUGCAAUGGAUGACGCUAGAAGACAUACCAACAUCAAAGUCAGAGGCAUUACAGAAACUGUUAAUGACGGGGAGCUACCCCACUUUGUCCGGCGCCUUUUAUCGGAGAUUCUGCUUCCCAAGCAGGAAAAGAUCGUACAAGUGGACGGAAUAAACUCCCCAAGUCUCCCAGGGCACCGGCGGACGCACCCCGCGAUGUCCUCCUCCGAUUCCUGUCCCUCCAAGAUAAACAGGCUGUAAUGGAAGCCGUCAGGAACAAAUGCCCAUUUCCAUUUGAAGACUGCCAACUCACCUUCUUACAGGACCUCUGCAGGGCAAUGCUGGAGUGUAGACGCUCAGUCAACCAGGUCACCAAGACCCUCCGAGAAGCAAGCGUUCAAUACAGAUGGGGCCCAUCUCACACACUAGUGGCCACCCAGGGCGAGCCCACCCGCCGACUCACGUCAGCAGCUGAUGCCGAGUCUUUCCUUCACAGUCUGGGGCUAAACGGUCUCAAGAAGAAAGCUCUUACCUCUGGACACUCAUGGGACGUGCCCAACAUAAUCCCCUUCAUACCUCGCAAUGAAGCUGACACAGGCUGAGACACCACAAGAGGACCUGGACUUACCUUCACUCUUUCACAGGGGAGUAUGCCGAGGGACUGGCAAUCAAUAUUAAUGCAGUUAAUAUUUGUAAUUUACAGGGUUUUUUUUCAGCAUGUUUAGCCAACGUUAUAUUGUUUCUAUAACUUGCAGCUGAUCCAACAUUAGUCCUUAAGGACAGACAGACCGACUACAUCCCCACCCCUCCCCCAGGCUCAAGAGUCACUGAGCACUACCCUCUUAUACUCUCCCCACACAGAAACGCAGAGCCAGCGACUGGCCACCAGAAAUGCGCCCGUCCACAGGGCUGCCGCAUGUCUUAAUUCUCAACAGAGAAUCCCCCACAUCUCAAGGCACAGCAGACACAUUAAUGUUCCAACGACCACCUCACUCUAGAUCUCGCAGGAGAAGGCUCCUGCCCCACCACGACUAUGCUCAAAGAACCACUAGCACACUUAACAUUUCUCUUUAG